CAGGAAUAUCCUCCUGAGUCAGUGCCACGACGCUGACACACACACACAUACACACACAUACACACACGCCCCGGCAGGGCUGCCUCUGCUCCGAUAAUAAGCAUCCUAUGCUAUUCUGCUCAAGAUGGCGGUGCAGGCAGCGGAAAAGGACGGAAUAAAUGUGGAAGAUGAUCAGCUGAACGACUCGCUGGGGAACCCCGGCCUCAUCUCACCUGAUAAGGAGGAUUUAUCACGUCUCUUGACGGUGCCAUUCAGCGGACGCAUCCGGGGCGGCAUGCGGCCAGGAAAGAAGAUCAUAGUGAUGGGCAUUAUUGACUUGGAGCCAGACAGCUUUGACGUGAGCCUGACCUGUGGCCGUGAUUCAGAGAAGGAGGGGCCGGCGUCCGAUGUGGCCCUGAAGCUCACCGCCCGAUUCACUGACCGCCAGUUCCUGCGUAGCGCCCGGAUCUCUGGAAAGUGGCUACAGGAGGAGGCCUCCACCGCCUACUUUCCUUUCAUCCCCGAUCAGCCUUUUAGGAUUGAGAUCCACUGCGAGCACCAGAGGUUCCGAAUAUUCGUGGACGGACACCAGCUCUUUGACUUUUAUCACAAAGUAAAAUCUUUGCCCUCUAUCGACACAGUACGGAUACAAGGAGACCUACAGAUCACCAAGCUCGGUUAACUUCCCGCUCCAGCUCUGCAAAGUCGUGUGUGAAGCAAGGACUUGAUAACAGAUGAACACACACACACACACACACUCUCACACACACACACACAUACAUAUACACACAAACGCACGCAUGCGUCUGUUACGUCAUCAUCCGUAACCCAUCAUGCAACACUGCAGCUGAAUAACAACUGGAAAAAAAAGUCUCUCACAGUGACAAGUUAGAGUCCUCUAGUUAAGUUCAUUCACUUCUUUUCAUUCCUUUGUAUUUAACCAGGAUCUGAUAUCUUUGCGGGUGAAUGUGUUUGCUCCAUUUUCAGGUUGUUCCUCCUUGUAGCCCCAAUUUUGUCAGAUCAGGGAUCUCGCAGCUUAUUAAUAGUGUGUUAAUUUUUUACGUUGAAUCCUUUAGGGAUGCUGAAACAGAGGCAGGUGUGGAAAAAUAACUCUUAAAGAAGACGUUAAGCAACCGAAAACUCAGGAAAAAGAUCUGCUACUUAGCUAAAAUGAAACAUGUCAUUGAAACCUCCAAAUUUGGUGAUUGAUUAGAUGCUUUAACACAAAUUUAAAGACUUAUACUGUUGAG